CUAUUUUUCUCCCCAUUUUUUUUUUUUUUUUUGCUGUCGUUCCGAUUUUCCAAGAAUUUAGCUAUCAAAUUUGAAAUUUCAAUCUCAAGGCCCUUUCUCUCGUUCUUUUAUUCUCUCAAAAAAUUCUAUUUUUCCCUCUGCGACCGGGCUUUUGAUUUCUCCAACAGAUUCAAUCUUGAAAAGGGCCUCUGCAGCUUAUAUAUAUAUGUAUGUGUGUAUAAGAAAAAAGUAGAGAGAGAAAUAGUUGAUUGACUAAAGUUGUGCGACUCCAGUGACUGUAAGUCAGCUCUCAACCUGCCGAGAACCAUUUUUUAGUCGACAUAAAUUAAUCAAUUCGAGGAAUAAGAGAAGCCCGCGAUUCUGAGAAUUUGUAUUUUUCUGAUUUUUAUAUAGUUUUUAAUAAUGCUUUGUUUAGCUUCUACUGUGAAAGUCGCACUCAAAGUCGUGACAUUGGACUUUGUUGUUUGUUUGGAGUUUUCACACAAGCAAAAAGGUUGUCUUUUUAUGCGUACUUUUUUCGCUUUUUGUUGUCUUGUUCAAUAUACUUGGCAGCCAGAAUCGGGAAAAAAAGCUUUCAAAAAGUGGUGUUUGAUUAGAAAAGAGAGACGAGAAAGGGCUAUAUAGAUUUGAUUGAAAGAAAGAAUGAAUUUUCUACUUACUUUAUAUAUUUGUAGGUAUUGAAAAGUCUAUAUUGUAAUGGUGUAUUUUUUAAUGUGAAACGAGGGGCCCUUUGUAUUUCGCUUUCUUCUUUAUUGGGAUGGGAUGACGGCUUAGAUAGUAAAAAACCUAGAAUCCUGAUCUUCAUUAGAAGAAGUAGGGUUUCAAGAGGGAGUUUUGAUCUUUAAGAGAGAGAGUGUAGUAAGGAAGCUCCGUUGUCAUCUACCAACCCCGUUUGGCUGUUCUUAAAUUUUCUGGGGUUUUGGUUGGUGAAUAAGUUCAUCUAUUGAGUGGCCAAAUUCAAUCAAAUAGCCAAACACUGAAUGCUUGUGGUGGGAGGGGUUAGAUUUUUGCGUGUCUUAUAAUAACUAUUUACUGCUCAUAAACUCAUUUAUGGAGGAGGGCUUUGCACGAUCGAGUAGAAAGAUGAGAGAGGGGGAGAGAGAGUAGAGAGAGAAACAUUUUGCUACAUAAUUUUGUUGGAACACUAGAAGUCUUGUACUGAAUUCUUUGGUCAUUUCCACCACCUUCUUAGAUGAGCUUUGGGGGAUUUCCUAGUAAAACUAGUGGAUUUGUGAGUGAGGGUAGCGGUAGAGAGGAAAUGGUUGCUGAUGGCUUAUGUUCAUACAAUCUUAUGUCAACUGGUGCAAAUGCUAUGACGCACACUGUGCAAAUGGUCCAAUCAUCUUAUUCUCAACCUUUGUUUAGCACACCUCCCCUCUCUCUUGCCCUUCCCAAGAUGGAGAAUCUUGGGGAGAUGGGCUUGUUGGGGGAAAGUCAUGAUAGUGGUUUGAUCGGAAGAACGAGGGAGGAUGAGCUCGAGAGUAGGUCGGGCAGCGACAACUUUGAAGGUGCAUCCGGAGAUGAUGAGAAUGCCACUCAUAAUAAAUCAUCCAAAAGGAAAAAAUACCAUAGGCACACUGCAUUCCAAAUUCAAGAGCUUGAAGCUUGUUUCAAGGAUAAUCCACAUCCCGACGAGAAAGCGAGAUUAGAACUUGGGAAGAGACUCGGCUUGGAGGGCAGGCAGGUCAAAUUUUGGUUUCAGAACAGAAGAACCCAAAUGAAGACACAAUUAGAGCGCCAUGAGAAUUCAAUUCUGAAACAAGAAAAUGACAAGCUCCGAAUUGAGAACAUUGCCAUGAAAGAAGCCAUGAGGAGCCCAAUAUGCGAGAAUUGUGGCAGUCCGGCCAUUCUUGGAGAUGUACCUAUCGAGCAGCACCAUCUUAUGAUCGAGAAUGCAAGGCUGAAGGAUGAACUCAGCCGGCUACACCACCUAGGAGACAAGUUCUUAGGCAGGAGUAAUGGUUCUGUGCCGCCAUUAAUGAGCAACUCUAGUUUGGAUCUCUCAGUCGGAAGAAAUGGAUUUUGUGGUUUGAACUCUUUGGAUCAUGGGAUUCCUUUAGGACUUGAUUUUGGCAAUAGGAUGUCAAAUUCUUUUCCUGUUAUGCCACCGAGUGGGCCUGCCUUGAACAUGAUCAACUUCAGUGCUCCUUUCGAUAAAUCGUUGUUUCUAGAGCUCGCAAUGGCUGGAAUCGAUGAGCUGAUAAAGUUAGCCCAGCUCGAUAGCCCUCUAUGGUUCAAAAGCUUGGCAGGAAAUGGAGAAUCUUUGAAUCUUGAGGAGUAUGCAAAGAUGUUUUCUCCUUGCAUUGGUGUAAAGCCCAGUCAUUUUGUAACUGAAGCAACAAGAGCUACUUGUAAUGUUAUGACCAACAGCAUGCAACUUGUGGAGGCGUUGAUGGACACGAAGCAAUGGACAGAAUUGUUCCCAUGGAACAUCGGGAGUGCCUCAACUCUUGACAUAAUUUCACCUGGGAUAGCUGGAAGUAAAAAUGGAGUGCUGCAACUGAUGCAAGCCGAGUUCCAAAUUCCUUCACCUCUGGUUCCUAUCCGCCAAGUGAAGUUCAUUCGUUUCUGCAAGCAGCAUGGAGAGGACACGUGGGCUGUGGUUGACAUCUCUGUCGAUAGUUUACUACAUGGUAUAACGGGAAAUGUCCCCGUCAAUUGCCGCAGGCUCCCUUCAGGUUGCAUCGUGCGAGAAAUGCCGAAUGGCUAUUCGAAGGUGACGUGGGUUGAGCACACUGAAUAUGACGAAAGCGUCACCCAUCAUCUGUACCGGCCAUUACUGAGGUCCGGAAUGGCCUUUGGUGCCCAAAAGUGGUUAACCAAUCUGCAAAGACAAUGCGAACUUUUUGCUUCCAUCAUGUCAUCUGGUGGUGAUCAUUCGGCACUUUCUCCUAGUGGCAAAAAGAGUAUCGUAAAGCUGGCACAGCGAAUGACACGCGGCUUCUGCUCUGGCAUUUGUUCGACUGUAGACGAGUGGGAGGUGGUCCAGGAUGCCGACAACACCAAGCUGAUGACAUGGAAGAGCUCAGGUAAUAGCGGUGUGCCACCUGGCGUCAUCUUGAGUGCUUCAACGACCGUGUGGAUGCCCGUAUCAGCGCAGCACUUGCUCGACUUCUUACAGAAUGAGAAAACCCGGAACCACUGGGACGUCUUAUCUCAAGACGGUCCCAUGCGAUCCAUGCUGCGUCUCCACAAGGGCCAGGAUCCAGACAACAACAUCUGCAUUCUUCAAACUAGCGCUGCGAGCUCAGACGCAACCCAGAGCAAUGUGCUGAUCUUGCAGGAAACUUGUGGAGAUGCGUCGGGGUCGUUGGUGGUUCAUGCAGCGGUUCCGGCUGCGGAGAUGAACGUGGCAAUGAGCGGGGGGGACUCUUCCGCGGUACCUAUCCUGCCGUCCGGAUUUGCGAUAUUUCCGGAUUGUUUCCCGGAGAGCAGCAACGAGGGGGGAGGGUCGCUGCUGACUAUCGGGUUCCAGAUACUGGUUAGCAACCUGCCGGCAGCCCAGUUAACGAUGGAGUCGGUGAACACGGUGAAGUCGCUCAUAGCUCGUACGCAUCAGGGUAUCAAAGCCGGGCUUCACUGCAACUGAUGGACAUCUUCGCUGGGCAGGAACUUGAGUCAAGAACGAACCUUUUGGUGAAGAAUUGUGGAAAAAAAACCCUCUGUGGAGAUGGAGAUGGAGAUGGGUUGUGGUUCGGGUAUUGACUCAAACAGCCUGCAUUGUCUGUCUCUCUGUAUGUAGUACAAUCUUAUGUUUUGAAAAACAAGGUACUGUCGUGUGUUUUGCCUACAAUUUAUUUCCUCACUAUGUACCUCAUAUUUACCUAUCGUAAAUUUGUGCAUAAUUGAGUUUGUUGAUGAGGCUUCGGCCCUUGGUCAACUUUUUUGUGCU